AUGCUAACUCAAAGAGCCAUCACAGAGCGAGCCGGCAGAAGCUUCAAGGAGGUCCUCUCCAAAACGUUGAUGGAAACAGGCUACAACUCCUGGGAUGAGUGGCACCUCAUCGUGGACGAGGUCAAUGCUACUAUGAAUCGGUUAUCCAACAAGUCCGGUUUCAGCCCUAUCCAGCGGAUGCUGGGCUACAGCCCCAGACUUCCGGGAGGCAUCUUCCAAGGGGGCGAGGGUAGUAUUGGAGCGAUGUCCCGCUACCAUGCCGGUGACGCGCAAGUCCAACGGUCCACAGAGAUUAGAACUCAAGCAGCCGUGGCAUUCCAUCAGGUCGAAUGCGAACAAGCUCUAAAGCACUCAGUGUAUGCAGGCCCCAAACGUUUCUACGACUAUGAGGCCGCUCCGGAACAUCUUCGCCCUAUUACCAAUGACGAGAAGUUCCAGUUCACCGACUUCCUGACUGACAUCGUCAACACCCAGAAGGAGAUUCAGAAUCACAAGAUCAGGAACUACAUCAUUCUUGAUGAGAAGCCCCCGGCCAUCGAGGAUACACUCCUACCAGAACAUGAAGAAGAUCGUGAUCGACCUGGAGAAGAAGAUCCACCACCACCAAAGAAACCUCGCUACCGAAUUGAAGGAAAAACAGCAGAGACCGAGGUCGAGUUCAAACCAGAAGAAGAGAACACACCUCCAGACGAGAAUCCCAAUCAUCAAGGACCUGUGCCUAUGUCGCCCGGACUUGAUGACUACACACCUACAGAACCAGGUGACCAAGAUCCCCACGACGAGCGUGAGAGAAGGAUGAGCACGGACGACGACCACAGUAAGAACUGA